UCUAACGUUUGGUUCCUCGACUGUCGAACUCACACUUGGCCUGAAGCUCCAAGAAUGCGACUGGCUCACACCAAUACUGACUUUGAUGGGAAAAUGUAUUUGGCAGGAAGCUCUGAAAGUCCAGAUUCUUUGAACUGUGUUGAAGUGUACAACACCGAGACUCAAGCUUGGAACACCGUGCCGUCCAGAAAACGAAUAAUGGAAUUCCAAAAUAUGGAAGGAAAGAUUUACUUGAUCCCUGGUGUAGAUUCUACUGCUACUAAUAGGGAAAUGGCUUUAAAGCCAAAGGGUUUGUUAUGGGAACUGGUAGGUUUGGUUACUCAAUUGGGUUCUGUUUGUGUGAUAGAUAACGUAGCCUUUUAUUAUGACCCUCGUGUAAAGUGUAUAUUGGGUGCACAUGAAGAUGACGGAGCAGUUUGGAGAAGAGUAGAGGGUUUAGAAGGGCUACCUAAGAUUGCUAAUUACAGUACUGUUAAGUUAGUGGAUUAUGGUGGUAAGAUGGUUGUUUUGUGGGACAAGUAUUUGCCUUCAAGUGGGUAUAAGGAGAAGAUGAUUUGGUGUGCAGAGAUUUCGCUUGAGAAACGCAACGAUGAAGAGAUUUGGGGGAAGCUUGAGUGGUUCGAUGCGGUUCUUACAGUCCCUAAGUCUUACAAGUUCGUGUGUGCCAAAUCUGCUACUGUUUGACAUGUUUGAAUGUAAUAGUGAAUCUGGUUGUCUCGCUUUCUUUCUUUUCUUGAAUGUCACUUUGGGAUGAAUGUUUUUUGUUUUAAGAGUAAAGAAUGAUUGACAUGUUUUUGCUUA